AAAAAUAAUAAAUAAAUAAUAAAUAAUAAAUAAUAAAUUAUAAAUAAUAAAAUAUAAAUAAAUAAAAGAUAUGAGUUUAAAAAAUAAAAAACAAACAAAUAAUAAAGAAAAACAACCAAUUAAAAAUAUUGCAGGAGAUGAAAGAUCAUUUUAUGAAAUUUUAGGUGUUUCUAAAACUGCAUCAGAUGCCGAAAUUAAAAAAGCAUAUUAUAAAUUAGCAAGAGAAGUACAUCCGGAUAAAAAUAACGGCCCAGAUGCUAAAGAAGAAUUUCAAAAAUUAGGUAGAAUCUAUUCAAUCUUAAAAGAGCCAUCAUCAAGAAAAUUUUAUGAUAAACAUGGUGAUGUUGAAAGAGAAGGAUUUGGAUUAUCAGGACAAGAUUUAUAUGAAGCUUGGUUACAACAAUAUAAUAUCGUUAGAUUAAGCGAAGAAAAGAUUCACGAAUUUUUUAAACAACAAGAGGCUCAAAAGAAAUCAAGUGGUAAAAAUGUUAGUAAAGACGAAGAAGAUGACUUAAUUGAAUUCUAUAAUAAAAACAAAGGUGAUAUGAAAAGAAUUAAAGAAUAUGUAAUAGGUUGUGAAACUAAAAAAGAUAUCCAAAGAAUGUGCGACCAUUUAAAGUCAUUGGUAAACGAAGGUAAAUUAAAGAGUUUCCCAAUAUUUUUUAAGAGUGGCACAUUUUCACCAGAAACAUCAACAACCAAAGGUAAAAAACCAACACAAGUCAUAGAAGAACCAGAAGAAGAAGAGGAAGAAGUCGAAGGUGAAGAUAUUGGUGAUGAAGAGGAAGAGGAUGAGGAAAGUUUUGAUGACGAAGAUGACGAAGAUGAUGAGAGUUACGAAGAUGAAGAUGAAGAGGAGGACGAUGAAGAUAUGAUUGAUGAAGAUGAUUAUAGCAAAAAUAAAUCAAAAAAAACAAACUCAAGUGCAAAUCAUAAAAAAGUCGGAAAGUCUCCAACAUCUACUAAAACCAAAACAAGUUAUUUUGCUAAACAAUUAAAUAAAAAGAAAAAAUAAAUCUUAUACAAUAAACAU